AUGGCGCCGUCAGUCCGUCUCUCUUCUCUGAGUGCCAUUGGUUCCUCCGACUUUUCCGAUGUCAACACACCCGUCGCAUCUUACCUUCCCAGCGGGGUUCACGAUAGCCCUUUACCAAUGGGCAAAUAUUAUCCAUCAAACUACGAGCAACAGAACAGCCACGGCGCAAGGACUGGGCCUCCUGGACCUCCGAGCCGUUCCUCCACAAGAUCCGAGGGUCAUAUAUCUACGCGCGAGGCUUUCAAGACAUCUUCACGACAAGACUCGGAAGCCCGCCGCAAACUUCAACAGUACCAGCGGGAUAUGAUCGCGCAGGCAAGAUUGGCAGCUAGUGAAGUGCUUGGGAGUUCGCCCAACCAAGUCAACGCAGCAUCAAGCUCCACAAUUACGUUGAACGGGAUACCGUUGACGAAUGUGCACCAUAUCGGAGCUACCGGCGUCCACAAGCCCACAUCACCGAGACUCUUGCCACUGGGAAGUCCGGGCCCUGUGACACCCAUGGAUUUGGAGGGCGGGCAGAGCGGGUACCUCGAUUGGGGCUGCAACGAUGAAAUCGUCCGAGUGUUGCGGGCCGAAGAACAACGAAUGCGCCGAGAAGGAGCAACUCCUCCGGCAGUGGGAACGGGUCCGCAACCCUUUUAG